AUGCCGACGGGGAGGCCACGGGGGUGGCCAGCCGCUGCAGCGAGCGCCUGCGCUUGCGGAGCAAGCAUGUGGCGGCCCUGGAAGGCUGCCUGCACCUCUUCCACGUGCGCUGCAUUCAGGUCUGGUCCCAAGUGGAGAACUCCUGCCCGCAGUGCCGGAGCCGGUUCCGGCGGUUCGGGGAGUACAACUUGCUCACCGGCAAGCGCCGGGUCUGCGAGGUCCAGGAGCGGGACCAGCAGGGCUCGGAGUCGGAGGACAUCACCUGCGACGUGUGCGGUCGGCGCCGAUGGCGCGCCAGCUGGACCGCCGGGAUCCAAAGAGCUCUCGAUGGGCGACGCGCCGAUGGGCGACGCACCGAUGAAAGCUGAGAGCGGCUCUUCGGGGCUUGGGGAAUGCUCCCCGAGCGUGCGUAUCAAGCAGGAGGCUCGCCAGGCCAACCCUCCAAAAGGGCCAACGGAGCUGAAGGAGCCAAGGGAGAUCUUCGGCGGGCUGCAGGCGAGGCCACGCGUCGCCCUCGACCUGGACGAGUCCCCGGAGCCGCGCCGAGGGGCCGGAGGCCGGGCGUUCCAUUUGCUGCAGCUUUCGCCGGAGCUGGAGGCCUGUGCGGAGCUCUUGCGGAGGUUCGCCUCGAGCUACUUCCUCUGCGAGCGCAGCAUGCCGCUGGUGGCGCGGAGCGCCGCGCGGAUCUGGGGCCUGGCGCGGGGGCACGGCGCGCUGCCCAGGCUGUUGGACGCAGAGCUGGGCUGCCGGCAGCUUCUGCAGGUGGCGAGGGACAGCUUCGAGCUUUUCUGGCAGCAGGUGGAUGUGGAGGAGGACCCCUGCGGCCUACGCAGCCUGCGGCCGCCCUCUGCGCCGCUUCUCUGCGUGCGCUACAAGGGAGGAGCCAACGGCCGGGGGCGCCGGGUGCGGCCAGCGGACAUCGUCCGCUGCGAGCUGCAGGGGAGGAGGCGGAUGCUGGAGCUGGCGCAGGCGUCACCCAGAGGCGUCUCGCUGGACCCCUGCGGCCUGCCGCCGCCCGAGGAUCCGGCGCCGGCGCCAACCGUGGCGCCGCCGAAUCCGCGGGCGGCGGCGGCGGUGGGGCGGCCGGUGGACAAGAGCCUUGACGGUAUGGCCCUGAUCAACGCCCUGAAAGCAGAGCCCUGGUACGUGGGCCAGGCCGUCCACGUGUCGCAGGUCGGGGCGCGCACGGCGCGCUUCGCGCAGAUCCGCCGAGAGCUGCAUCCUGCGCUGAAGUCGGUGCUCUCCGAGAAGCUGAAGCUGCGAAGGCCUGGUGCCGAAAGCACCUGGGAGCUCUACAGCCAUCAGGCGGAGGCGCUGGACGCGCUCAGUGACUCGAAGGACGUGGUGGUGAGCACCUCUACGGGCAGCGGCAAGAGCCUGGUGUACCAAAUCCCCAUCUUCGAGGCGCUGCUGAAAGAACCGGAGGCCACUGCCAUCCUGGUCUUCCCCACCAAGGCGCUAGCGCAGGACCAGCUGCGGGCCUUGAAGGACCUCGCGCAGGCCCUGGCAGCCACAGGUGCCCUACCCUCGGACGCAGAGUCCUGGGUGGCGUGCUUGGACGGGGACACCUUGGGCGCAGAGAGGACCCGAGUGCGGCGGGAGGCCAAGGUGGUGCUCAGCAACCCAGACAUGCUGCACAGCCACGUCUUGCCGCAGCACGUGGAAUACGCGCGGCUGCUGCAGAACUUGCACUAUGUCGUCCUGGACGAGGUGCACGUGUACCGCGGAGCCUUUGGCGCCCACGUGUGCAACAUCAUCCGCAGGCUGCGGCGCGUCGUGGAGGCGCCUCUCCAGUUCAUCGCCUGCUCCGCCACCGUGGCCAACCCGGGGGAGCACUUGGAGCGACUGCUGGGCCCCAGGCCUCAGGCGCCCUCCGUGGUCGCCAGGGAUGGCUCGCCCAGCGGGGGCCACGUCUACGUGCUGUGGAACCCCGCGGCGCUCGUCGAGGGUUCGCAGACGGCCAAGCGCCGGCGCAAGGACGGGGACUGCAGCGUCGAAGCCGAAGCGAGCGUGGCGGAGGCCCAGCCGCGCGAGCCCGAGAGCACACACGAGGAGCUGAUCAACGGGGCGCGGGCCUCGCCCAUCGUGGAGGUGACGCGGCUCAUCGCCUGGCUGGUGUCCCGCGAGGUGUCGGUGCUCGCCUUCUGCAAGUGGCGGAGCCUGGUGGAGAUUGUGCUGCAGGACGUGCGCGAGGCCCUCGCGGACGAGGCGGACCUGAGCCGCCGGGUGGUGUCCUACCGGGCGGGGUACCCGGCCCACCUGCGGCGCCAGCUGGAGAAGGACAUCUUCGCGCGGAAGGUCCUGGGGGUCGCCUGCACCAACGCGCUGGAGCUUGGCAUCGACAUCGGCCGCCUGGACUGCACGCUGUCCCUGGGCUUCCCGGGCUCCGUCAGCUCCCUGAAGCAGCAGUUCGGGCGCGCCGGGCGCGCCGGGCACCCGGGCAUCUCCUUCUUCGUGGGCUUCGAGGAUCCCAUCGACCAGCACUUCAUGCGGGCGCCCCGCGAGCUGCUGGCGCGUCGCGCGGAGUCGGUGGCGGUGGCGCCGCUGAACUUGGCAGUGCUGGCGCUGCAGCUGCCGUGCCUGGCGGCGGAGCGGGCGAUCGACGCCUCGCCGGAGGGCGAUGCCAGGUUCUGGCGCGGCGAGGAGGAAGAAGCGGACGCCUUUCAGCUGGCGGCGCAGAAGUGCCUGGCGGAUGGCAGCCUGGAGCGGGGCGAGAGCGACGGCCGCGAAGCGCUGGUGCCGGCGCGGCGCUGGGCGGUGCGGCCCGGGGGGCCCCACCGCGCAGUGAGCAUCCGCGCGGUGGAGGAUCACUUUGAGGUGGUGGAGGAGGUGAAAUCGGCCGUCGGCAACGGCGACGGGGGCUUCCUCCAGAGGCGGGAGGCCUCCCAUGGCGCGGCCAUGGCUUUCCGGAAGCUGGACGAGAUCGAACUGUCCAAGGCCUUCUACUCGCUGCACCCGGGGGCGGUGUACCGCUACCGCGGCGCGGAGUACCACGUGGCGGACCUCGACCUGCGACGGCGCAGGGCCACGGUGCAGAAGUGCGAGGCGCCGCUUGCCUACUACACCCGCGCCUUCGACAUCACCACGGUGAGGAUCCACACGCGGGAGCGGCAGGCCGUGUCUGGGCAGGCCACGGUGUGCCUGGGGCAGAUCCGACUGGAGAGCCGGGUGAAGAGCUUCCGACGCUUUUGGAAGGCGGCCCACCAGGAAGGAAAUGAGGACAUCGAGCUGAACCUCCCCAGCUGGGGCUACAGCAGCCGCGGCCUUUGGUUCGAGGACCCUCUGGGCAUUGCGCGCCAGCCCACCCAGCCGGAAACGGCGCAGGACGGCCCGGAAGGCGCGUGGACUUGGGGCUGUGGCUGGGCGGGCGCGCAUGCAGCCAUGCACGCCCUGCUCCACGUUUUCCCCCUGUUCGUCCUGGCGGACCGACAGGACUUGGAUGCCGCCUGCAUCGACGAGCAUGGGGUGCCGCCCAUGGACCACCCACGGCUGAUGCUCUUCGACGCCAAGGAGGGAGGCUUGGGCCUUUGCGACGCAGCCUUCCCUCAUGGCUUUGCCCUGCUGCGGGAGGCGCGGCGCUUGGUGGAAGACUGUGCCUGCGAGAGUGGGUGCCCUCAGUGCAUCGUGGACUCCCGAUGCCGGGAGUACAACCGCUUCCUCUCCAAGCGGGGCGCCCUUGAGUGGCUGAGCGGCCUGGAGUCUGGCUGUGCAGCAGGGCCUGGGCUCCAGUGA